AUGAUAGUCCUUGAAGAUAGCAAGAUAUCGGCACAAAACAUCGUUACUUGGGAUAGCCAUUCAUUAUAUGUGAAGGGAGAAAGAGUCAUGGUUAUGAGCGGCGAGUUCCAUCCAUGGAGGCUACCCGUCCCAUCCUUAUGGCUUGAUAUUUUUCAAAAAAUUAAGGCGUUGGGAUUCAAUUGCGUAUCUUUCUAUAGCAACUGGGCUCUGUUGGAAGGGAAACCAGGCAAUUUCUCAGCUGAAGGUGUAUUUUCCUACGAGCAAUUUUUCGAAGUCGCAACUAAAGCUGGUAUUUAUCUUAUCGCACGACCCGGACCUUAUAUAAAUGCCGAAGUGAGCUUUGGUGGGUUCCCCGGAUGGCUCCAACGUGUCAAGGGACACCUAAGGACGUCGGAUGACGACUACUUGGCGGCUACAGACAACUAUGCCGCUCAAAUCGGUGCCAUUAUUGCGAAAGCCCAAAUUACUAAUGGCGGCCCUGUAAUACUUUAUCAACCUGAGAAUGAGUAUACGGUCGGCGUCUCCAUCCCAUUCCCCAGCGGCAAGUACAUGCAAUAUGUAGAGGACCAGGCUCGGAACGCGGGAAUUGUCGUACCUCUCAUCAGCAACGACGCAGCCCCCCUGGGAACUAACGCUCCGGGUACGGGGUUGGGUGCAGUGGAUAUUUACGGACACGAUGCCUAUCCGGUUAUGUUUGACUGCCAAAACCCUUCCACCUGGCCGCCACUGGCAUUAUCGGGAAUCUAUCACCAGACCCACGAACUACAGAGUCCGUCAACCCCUUUCUCUCUCGUGGAGUUCCAAGGUGGCGCCUAUGAUCCUUGGGGAGGUCCGGGGUUCAACAAUUGUGCAGCAUUUAUCAACCACGAAUUUGAACGUGUCUUCUUCAAGAACAAUUUUGCGGCAGGGGCAACUAUCCACAAUAUAUACAUGAUUUUCGGAGGGACCAAUUGGGGUAAUAUUGGACACCCAGGAGGGUAUACAUCUUACGAUUAUGGAGCGGCUAUAUCAGAAGACAGAUCGCUUACGAGAGAGAAAUAUUCGGAACUAAAGUUACAGGCCGAGUGGUUGAAGGUAUCACCAGAUUAUCUGACUGCGGAGCCCGGAGCUGCCCUGGUGUGGACAUAUGCUAAUAAUGCUGCCAUCACGGUAACUCGGCUUGCUGGAAAUAGUACAGCUGGUAGCGGGUCAUUCUUCAUCGUCCGCCAUAGUGACUAUUCUAGAAUUGCCUCGGAUAAUUACACGAUGAAGCUUCCAACGUUGAAAGGAGAGAUCUCGAUCCCCACAUUAUUUGAUGAUCUUACUCUCUAUGGCAGGGACUCAAAGAUCAUAGUUACCGACUAUGACGUUCGAGGAAUCAAACUCCUAUAUUCUACCGCAGAAAUUCUAACACACCAGAAGUUCGAAAACUCCACUGUUCUUCUUGUUUAUGGUGGACCGAAUGAAAUGAACGAGCUUGCCGUGCAAAUUAAGGACACCACUUCAGUUAUAUCAGAUAACUCCGUUAAGGUGAAUAGGACAGGAGACCUCAUAACUUUAGCUUGGUCUACUCCAGAAGCAAGGAAUAUUGUUCAAAUUGAUAAUUUUCACAUCUACAUUCUAGAUCGAAAUUCUGCUUAUAGUUAUUGGGUACCUGAGAUUAAUAAGUCAUCAUCACUAAUUAUUAAUGGGCCAUAUCUCGUUAGAUCCGCCUCUUUCAAGAAUGGCGUACUAUCACUCUCCGCAGAUUUUAAUAGAUCGACGAUCGUUGAGGUUAUCGGAGCACCCCAAAACACGGCCGUUCUUAAUAUCAACGGGAAGGCAACUGAGUUUGAGGUGGAAGAUGGAAGAAUAGUAACAGACAUUCAAUACUCGGUUCCAACGCUCGAUAUUCCUGCUCUCUCUGGGUUAUCCUGGAAAUACCUCGACUCGCUUCCUGAGAUUCGGACGGAUUAUGAUGAUUCUACUUGGUUGGCAGCAGACCACCAGUCAACAAACAAUUCAUACCAGACUCUACAGACACCGACCUCCCUCUUCGCUAGCGAUUACGGAUUUAACGCCGGGGUGUUGCUCUUCAGGGGCCAUUUCACUGCCAAAGGCACCGAGAAGUCUUUUGAAAUCAAAACCCAGGGUGGCACCGCUUACGGCCACUCGGUCUGGCUAAACAGUACCUUUAUAGGAUCAUGGGUCGGCAGCUCCAGCGCUUCGAGCUACGACGCAACGUAUAAGCUUCAAAAUCUUUUACAGGGGGAAUCGUACGUUUUGACGAUCGUGAUCGACCAUAUGGGACUAGACGGCAAUUACGUCCCAGGCAUCGACACCGGUAAAGCGCCUCGCGGGAUUCUCAACUAUCGCCUCGCUAGCUCAUUAUUAGACAGCACCCCUAUAUCGUGGAAGAUCACUGGCAACCUCGGUGGUGAAGACUACGUAGAUCGUACCCGGGGUCCCCUGAAUGAGGGCGGCCUCUACGCUGAAAGGCAGGGCUACCACUUUCCGCAGCCUCCCAAUGAGGCUUUUACCCUAGGUUCGCCAUUCUCGGCGCCGGGGAAACCCGGUGUAUUAUUCUAUACUGCACCGCUUUCGCUCGACCUCCCUUCUACUACAUACGACAUUCCGCUCUCCUUCUCUUUUCGCAAUAUCGCUGGUGGGGCUGUGCGGAUCCAGCUGUAUGUGAACGGGUGGCAGUUUGGUAAGUACGUACCCCACAUCGGGCCUCAGACACGAUUCCCAGUUCCAGAGGGGAUCCUAAACUACAACGGCGAGAAUUGGAUUGGUUUGGCAAUAUGGCGCAUGGAAGAGAGCGGCGACGCGGCCGUGGUCGAUUUUAGACUCGAGACUGGCGAGCCAGUUUUGACGGGACGUGAUCCUGUGGUCUUGGUGGAGAGUCCGGCGUGGUCGUUACGCCAGGGAGCUUAUUGA